GAGGGGUCAGGUGCAUCCCUGUGUGCCUCUGGGACCCCAGCACCUGCCUCUUCCAGCGCCAUUCAGCAGCACCUCCCUGCCUGUCUCUGUCCAGUGCCGGUCAUCUGCUGUUUUGGACACCACUGAACAGCUACAGGCAUCUCUGGGCCAUGCAGCACUUCAGCCCCUUCUUCUUCCUCCUCCUCCUCCUCUUCCUCCUCGAUGGUCUGGGUUCCAAGGCAGCUCCCUCAACCUCUCUGCCCGUGGGCUCCGACCCCCAGGAGAUAAUCCAGCCCUCUAGGAUGCCUGUUGCUCUAGAAAAUUCUACUAGAGACAGGCCUGCCCCAGGAUUCCCCGCAGCGGCUCCUCCUGAGCCCUCCAAGACACCACCCCCCAGACCCAGGCUCUCAGGUUCUCCAGAGACCCCAGUGCCUGCCCAGCUCACAGUCACAGAAUCCCAGGAUGCUUUACAAACAAGCCCCUCCAAAGCAACACUGCCAGAAUCUCCUGAGGUGCCCAAACCUGACCUGACUGCAGUUUCCCAGUCUGGAUCCCCUGGAACCCAAAAACCUAAUCCCUUCAAAACUUCACCCUCAGAAUCUCCCAAAGCUGAACACACUGACCCUGCACCAACUACACACCAAGACUCCCCGGAAAUCCCUAAGAUACCAAGUCCUGGCCCCACCCAGCUCCUCAGCUCCACAGCCCGGGAGACCUAUGACCCUGGUACGAACAGAACCCUAAGUUCUGCAUUACUACCAACCACCCAUGCUGACCCCACAGAAACGCCACAGUCAGCAUUUUUCAUCACCCACUCCACUCCCACCGACAUCCCCCAGACACAGUUCCCCACAACCACCAACCAAAACGCAACAGAGAUGGCUGUGACCUCUGCCUUAGGAAUCACCUCUGGUCUUCCCACCCAACCAACAGCAGCCUUCAGGGAGGAAGCCACCACAUCCCGUGAGCCGGGCUUGAGUCCCAGCCCAGAAUCCCCCGCAGCCACCCAAAUUGCCACUCCUGGCCUGCCCACGUCAGAUCCCCUAGGGACCAAGGAGCUGAAUAUACCCCAGAACUCAGGCCCUAAAGGGCCAGAUAUCCCUCCUCCAUCGGCACGGAUUGCAGGCCCCCCUGCUCCUCCAGACCACCCCAAUCAGGUAGCCCCUGGGGUGCUGCAGGCCCCUCAGAAACACAGCCGAGGAGAGACCGUCAAUACAAUCAUCGUGGUGGAGCGAGUGAAGGAGACUGGGGUGACUCUGGUCAGCCGCCCGCGAGGCUCCAUCAGUGGGUCCCUGUGCCUGUUCUUCGCGGGGACAGGGAUGCUAAUUGGCAUAUUCCUCCUGCUGUGGUGUCUCUACCGCCGGGCCUCCAGACACAGGUCCUUUGCACACCACCGGCUCCGGGACAGCGGAGACGAACCGGGUAAGUGUUUGCUCACCCCAGAAGGCCCAAACGGCUCCGGACCCAGGCCUUGUCCAGACUUAGGACAGCCUUCUAAAGAACACAGACACACUCCACACACACCACCCGCGUUUAUUGGAGGGGACGGGCAGGGCGGAUUUACAGUCACGGAGACGGAGACGCCAGACACACCCCUGCCCGGGACAGCCCUCCUCGCCCAGGCCCGCCCCCCUCCCGUCCUGGGGUGA